AUGAGGACUCAGAUUGCAGGUCUGAAGUGUAAAGGAGAAGGAGAUAAUGACACAGAAGGCAGAAAAAGACUUAAAAGAGGAGGAUAUACAGCUUCAUUGAUAGAUGGGCGCACGCAACGCAGUAUCAAUGUCACCUUUUCUCUCAAUCCAGAUCGCCUCAAGCAAGCCAGACAGUAUGUGGAGAGAGCUAUCAAGCAAAGGAAGAUCUUUAUGGUCCAUGGUCCGUACCCCAUCAUCCGAAGACAACUUCUUGUCAGAGGCUGGGUGGAGAGGAAGUUCCCAAAGAUGCCAAAAAUGGUUGCUAAGCGGGAACGUUUCCCUGACGGCGAAGCUGAUGAAGAUGGUGAUGACACUGAUGUAACUGAUGAUGAUUAUGAAGAGGAAGAUGAGCAGGAUGAUACUGAUGGUAUCUAUAACCUCAUGUCAAGGCUGGUUCGUAACCAGAUCCCCUACUUCAUCUGGACCAAUCGGCGAGAUGUGAUCGAUUGUCGCUGCCUGCGCAAGGACCAGAUGAUGAAUCACUACGCCAAGGCAGGGACCUUCACUACCAAGGUAGGGCUGUGUCUUAACCUGCGUAACCUGCCAUGGUUUGACCAGGCUGAUGCAGAUACUUUUUUCCCACGGUGUUAUCGUCUUGGAGCUAAAGAUGAAAAACAUGCUUUCAUUGAGGACUUCCAACUCACUGCAGCCAGGAGCCUCCUCAAAGUAGUGGUGAAACGAUACUGGAAAAAACCGACUUUCCUGACAGCCUUGGAUGAAAAUCAGAAUGAGUUCCUAAGUGGUCCAGGGUCUUCAGAAGCCAAGCAUCGUGGUCGCCACAAGAAAGGGCCCAACUUCUCAGCCCAGCUGAUUGAGACAGCAAUACAUGCUUGUGAGGAGCACUUGAGCAGCCUGAAACAUCAGGACAUCGACAGAGAUUCUGGAUCUGCCUUGCAACUUUCGAAAGGACACUGGCAGGACUUUCUGCACAGCUAUUAUCAGAUAGCCCAUGAAGGGGCCCAGAUGACGCACACAGAUAGCCUCAUUGAGCGCUGUGAAGAUAUCUUGCAACGGCUGCAAAAAGUCGUCCCUCAGUUGGACAUGGAAGGGGACAGAAACAUCUGGAUUGUCAAACCAGGAGCUAAGUCCCGUGGCAGAGGCAUUAUGUGCAUGGACCGCUUAGAGGAGAUUGUGAAACUAGUGGACUGUGACCCCAUGAUUGUCAAGGACGGCAAAUGGGUGGUACAGAAAUACAUCGAGACACCCCUGCUCAUCUUUGGCACCAAGUUUGACUUGCGGCAAUGGUUUUUGGUGACUGAUUGGAAUCCCCUCACCAUCUGGUUCUAUCGACAUAGUUACAUCCGUUUCUCUACACAGCCCUUUUCCUUACACAAUCUGGAUACUUCCAUCCACCUGUGCAAUAACUCCAUCCAGAAACAUUAUGAGAAUUCCCUGAACCGCCAUUCUGAGCUUCCCUCAGACAACAUGUGGUCCUCUGAUCAAUUCCAGAUCCACCUGCGGAAAAUGGGGGCGCCCGAGGCCUGGUCCAAGGUGAUUGUGCCUGGUAUGAAGGCGGCCAUCAUUCAUGCCAUACAGACCUCUCAGGACCUCGUGGAGUUCCGCAAAAACAGCUUUGAGCUUUAUGGGGCAGACUUUCUCUUUGGAGAAAACUACCAGCCGUGGCUGAUUGAGAUCAAUGCGAGUCCCACCAUGGCAGCUUCUACGUCUAUCACCACUCAGCUGUGUGCCAGUGUGCAGGAGGAUACCUUACGAGUGGUAAUUGACCGCAAAUACGAUCGCAAUUGCAACACAGGAAACUUUGAGCUCCUCUAUAAACAGGCUGCCGUGGAGAUUCCCCAGUACAUUGGCAUUAGCCUUUUGGUAGAAGGAUGCACAGUGAAGAAGCCUCAACCUCCACCCCAAAGAAGCCCCCCGCCAGCCACUGACACCAAGAAUGGCUGCCCUGCUCCACAGCCGCAAAGAGUUCCUAAACCGAUUCACCGGCGCAAUAACCAAAGUCUUCCUCGGGCACCUACCCCAUGCUGGACAGCAGCAAACAACAAGACCGCAGAGCCAGGAGCUCCUGGGAAGGAGAACAAAGUCAAAGAGAAACCCACCCCUAGCAAAGUCGCUCCUUCAGGCUCGGUGAGGUUUAAGCUGCCCAACAAGCUCAAAGCAGACCCCCGUAACCGAAGAGUGCUGAUGGCACACAGUAUGGCUACGACGACGGUCGUGUCGGAAGAUAAAGUGUCACAGCCAACUCAGCUCUGUGCCAAAUCGAGCUCUCAAGAAUUGACUGCUAACCCCCAGGAACCUACUGUCAAUCAUGCCAAGCUCACCAGUAUGGUAGGUAGGAAGCCGGGCCUGAGGCUACAUCUGCAGGAAAUCCAUACUGUCUCCGGUGAGCUGCCUCUUUCUCAUGCUCCCUUUUCUUCCUCCUAUCCGGUGAGGCCCAAAGUGCAAGCCCGUUUGCAAUGCUUAGGACACUCCUUCCUACAUAACAUACCCCUGCCCUCCACGCCUUCGUCCCCCAGGGGGGUGGAUUUAGUUUCCACUGUGGAAUUCAGUGCCAUUAGAGCGUCUAUGAUCAAAAGGCGACUGUCCAAGAGAGCCAGAAACUAUCCAGGACCCAAGAGCAACCCUCCCCUCAGGUUGAUUGCUGUAGGCAAAAAUCAAGCUAUAGGGCCCAAGGAACACUUCUUUGUGCCUACGCAAACAGGAAAUCAUGUCGUUGGGAGUUGA